CACAACCCGGCAAAAGGUGGCUAUCAUCAUCUCUGCUCUCCGGAUGCAAUCGAGGUACCUCGUAUUUCCAACAUGUUAGAAGACUAUCAGCACUGCUCAGAUAAAGCAUUGAAGCAAUUCUCUGAGAACGUGGGACUACGAGGGCCAAUUUUCCGAGCCAAUGUUCUAGUGGUGUUUAGUGGCAUGUUGAUGGGGUUCAUGGUUGGGAUAGGCGCCUACGGCCGUCGCUACCGGCACAUUCCAUGGAUCCGUUUGCUCUUCCUAGGUGCCACCACAUUGUUUCUGCCCAUUGUCUCUUAUAUUGUCUCUUCCAGUGGUUUAGGCAUUACCCAGUCGACCAAAAUGACCUUUCUGAAGUCUAAUCUCAUAGUAGGGAGAUGUAAUGCAAAAUUGCAUGUCGUCUUGGUCCUUGCAUGGACGGCACUUGGUCUGAAUAUUGGUAUAAGUACCACUGCAUUGGUUGCCGCCGAUGCUAGAGAAGGUCGAAGUAUUCCUCCCGAUAUGGCACUACUUAUUCAAGCAAUGUGGACUGCUUACCUAGCAAUAAGCACAGCCUGGGCAAUUGAGCCCACAGAUAAUAGAAUCAGAUUAUUGCUUCUUGGACCGUUUGGUGUUUUGUUUUCCAAAUUAGUUCUGAAGUGUUACGCAUGGUACAUAGCCAGACAAUCAUUAGCCUUUGGACGCAAUCCUCGUCUUAUUGUUGGAUACAUGGAGGAGCUGCAGGAUGGAAGCCACCAUGCUGAGCAUAUGCCUCCUCCACUUAUAGUUACUGGAGAGAACACCAUGAAGGUAAAGGAGAAGCCUUGUGGCUACAAAUUAGUGUCAGUGUCCAACAGCAAGGACUUAGUGACCUUUGACAAAGUUUGGCAACUGGAUGAUGCACUUCUGAGAUCAAAAUCACUUCAACUAAAAGAACUAUGCUUUUCGUUCGCAUUAUUUAAACUGCUACGGUGUCGAAUUGCAAGGUACACAAUUAUUGAGGUUGGUUUCGUCGAAGGCAGUAACUUCUUACGUCAAAUUUUGCUUGAGGAUAAUGAUGGCGAAAGAGUUCUUGGGGUGAUUGCACAUGAGCUUUCUUUUCUUCAUGACUAUUAUUAUUCAUCACUUCCAGUUUCAUAUUCAAAGAGUUGGCUGCCAAUCGUGAGCGGAUUCAUUUCAUUGCUAAGCAUCUGUUAUGGUUUAUUUGUCAUAUAUCUCCUGACAACUUCUAUGAUUCGCGAAGUCCCCUGGCUGAGCGAAUCUCGAAAAGGGCAGAUUAAUUGUAUUGUGUACUGCAGCAAAAUUUCUUCUAACACUUCAACUACGAAAUCGUUUGGGACUAUAUACUUUGAUUACAUACCAAUGUAUAUACUUGUUGCACAAGUUAUGCUUGCUGAGGUGCGGGACAUUGCAUCUUACAUCCGCUCUAACUGGAUUAAAGUGGCCUUGACAUGUCAAUAUGUGAAACAUUGUUCCUGGCGUCAAUCUCCUACCAUCCAGAGGUGUGUCCGUUGUGUGCUAUGGAGCAAAGGCAAGUUGAUAAGGAAUUGGGAGGAUAAAAUGGGGCAGUCGUCAGUUUUGGUGCUCCACCCAAGGAAAACGCUAGUGGCUAAUCUCCGGCGUCUCAUUCAUAUGUCAGGCCAAAAUAAGAAGAUACCAAGUGCAGUGAAAUCUGCUAUUGUUGGUGCAUUGAGGAAGUGCUACGAGGGAGGAGAAAUCAAUAGUGAUGUGUCGUCUUUCCAAAGGAUCCUACAUCUGCAAGAAGACGGCAAGAUCAUUUGGACAUUUGGGGAAAGAGGUACAGCCGAAAUCAUGCUUGUGUGUCACAUUGCCACGACUAUCCUUGGAGCAAGGUCACCGCCACAUCAAUCCCCGUCCUACUCUGACCAUAUGUCUGCUGCAAAUCACCUAUCGCAGUACUGCGCCUACUUGGUGGCAUGCUAUCCUGAGCUACUUCCUGAAGAUGAUGAAUGGUGCAAGAGCCUGUACCUGGCCGUCAGUGAAGGCGCCAAGAGUGUACUCAUAGGCAAUGAUUCCAGGGAGUCGUGGAUGUCUGAACUUGAGUACCAGAGGAGGUUGAUUCAUUUACUAAGCGCAGAGCGUAACCAUGAGGUGCUCAAGGAUGGCGCGAUCCUUGCAGAGCAAUUGGCUGAACAAGGGGAGGAUGCAGCUUGGAAGGCCCUCGCUGCGUUUUGGUCGGAGAUGAUCCUGUAUGUCGCUCCGUCGGACAACAUUGAUGGUCAUAUGGAGGCGAUCGCCCGCGGCGGCGAGCUGAUAACCCUCCUCUGGGCUUUGGUCACCCACCUCGGCAUCGUCGAAUGGAUGGUUUGGCUUCUCGAUGAUCACUGGGACAAGCAACACCGGUCGUACGCUAUGGCGGUGGAGCAGCGGGAGCUUGCACCUUUGAAGCUUCGUUCUCACGGGGUCACCCUUGGGUGGAUGCGCUAUGAUGAGCGAUACACACCGUAUGUAAGGGAGACAGGACUUCUCCCUUUCAUUCAUAUGGUCAGACGGUCGACGCCACCCAACAAUGCUCCAGCACUCACCGCGCUUAUUGAUCAUUGGCGGUCGGAGACACAUAGUUUCCAUCUACGGACCGGGGAGAUGACAGUGACGCUCCAGGAUAUUGCUAUGAUCACCGGUCUUCCUAUCGAUGGGAAUCCUUUAUGUAUGAGCACCGAUUCCGAUGGGUGGCGCGCGCAGAUGCAUGCCCUUAUCGGUAUGGUUCCUCCGGAGCCUCCGGAACCAGCAGCAGAAAACAAGAAGAAGGAAAGAGUCGCAGCCGGUGCUACUUUCACGUGGAUUACUAAGCACUUUGGUACUUGCCCACCGGAAGCUGAUGAGGACACGGUCAAGACAUAUGCUCGUGUCUACAUGUGUUGGACGAAGCCUGUUGUAGGUCAUCUGGAGGUAUUGGUGGUUGUUUGCUCGCACUUUCCAUAUGGAGCUGGGAGCAUGAUCCCUCGGUCAUGUACCAAGUUGUACCAGAGCGAGCUUGACGCGAUCACGCCUGAGCAGGUGAUAUGGGAGCCGUAUGGAACAGGAGAUAGUUUUGGUAACCCUUUAGAGUUCAGGCUGAAUCCGAUGUGCACUAGGGAUAGGGAUCUCUGGCGUAUGCGGUGCCCACUCAUAUGCAACUGGGCGGUUGAGCUUCACCUCCCACAUCGAGUGCGCCGUCAGUUUGGUUUGUUCCAGGCACAUCCGCCGGAGUGGGAGGACACAGACAAGUUGCUACACGCGUUGGAUAGGAAAAGGCAGCGGAAGAUUAAGGAUUGGGCCAAGCAUCACAGAAAGUAUGUCGUACAGUUUGCGCUUAGUGUGGAGCAAGCUAGGGCUGGAAAAGGAGUCCAGCUUCGUGAGCACUGCCCUGUAGCGUUCAACAACUAUCUCACAUGGUUUCUUGCAAGUACCCGUGCGGAGGUAUGCAAGCCGGCGUAUGCUGAGGAGAUUUUGGAAGAACCCACUGUUUUUGAUGAGGUAGCCCAACACCAGUACAACGCAUUAGUCAGGAAAGGCAACUCAGUGAUCCCUUCAGCUCCAAUGAUGAACUUUGUGCGUGCCCAGAUCAAGAAAGCAGCUGAUGAGACCGAGAUUAUUCUUGAAACAACCCCGGCUGGCAAAAGCGAUGGAGAAGGUGCACUUCGAGCAUUCAUCAAGCGCCAGGGCCAAAAGUUAAGGCGGCUAUUAAACCUUUUUGGUUGUCGUGACCCCGAGUAUGUAUCACCAGAACGGUCUAGGUCGGCGACACCAUCAGAUCCCGCUUCGGGCCAGAGCCAUGGUGAUCAUUUGGAGGAUGAGGAUGUGGGUGUGGUCACCCAAGGGGUUGUUGAUGAUGAUAUGACCUUGGGGACGUACCAGGCUAGGUCUGCAUACAUGCUAAAGCCUAGGAAGGGAAUCAACAAGUACACACCUGAAGACUUCACCGAAAGAGGCAAAAGGACGGUCGGCACCUCGCGGAUGGCGGCUUUGGAUGACUAUUUGGAUGACGAUGUCAAUGACGUGGAGGAACCAGAGCCGGAGCGGGAGCGUGUUCCUCUUCCUAGGAAGGUGAAGAAGUUAGCCAGCAAGAGGGGGGGGGAGCAGCCAAAAAGCGCUCAAGGAACUAGCUCUUCUUAGGAACCAGCCAUAGUCCUUUAUUUGUGGUAGCUCUAUGUUGAACUUGAUCCUCUUUGUAUGUCUUAGUUAUGUUGAACUUGGAGUUGACGUCUUAGCAAUGUUG